UAUCAAUAAACUACUGUAUGUAUAUCCCAUCGUCCCGAGAGGCCGAGACAGCAUCCAUCCACAAACAAAACUAAACAAAGAACUGUGUGACUGUGUGAGAGCAUGGCAACAAGCUCGCACUGCUUUGAGAACCCGCCGGCGCUGGAGCCGGCCAGCGGAGGAGGCGAGGUCGUUGACGACUUCGGCGGGCAGAAGGCAUACAUCACCGGCUCCGCCGGGUCCAAGGCGGCCGUCGUCCUCAUCUCCGACGCCUUCGGUUUUGAAGCGCCAAACCUGAGGAAGAUAGCCGACCAAGUUGCUUCGUCCGGUUACUUUGUUGUGGUGCCCGAUUUCCUGCAUGGGGAUCCAUAUGACCUCAGCAGCAGCAAUCCUGGAAUGUGGAUACAGGCUCAUAAUCCGCAAAAUGCAUUUAAAGAGGCAAAACCAGUAAUUGCUGCAAUAAAGGAGAAGGGAGUGUCGAGAAUUGGAGCUGCAGGUUAUUGUUGGGGAGCAAAGGUGGUUGUGGAACUGGCGAAAGUUCACGAGAUCCAGGCUGCUGUAUUGUUGCACCCUUCUUUACUAACUGACGAUGAUAUCAAAGAGGUCAAAUGUCCCAUUUCCAUACUUGGAGCUGAAAUCGAUAGGUCAUCCCCGCCUGAAUUGUUAAAGCAGUUCGGGCAAAUUCUUUCAGCUAACUCUGAGAUCGAUCACUUUGUCAAAAUUUUCCCUGGCGUGGCGCAUGGAUGGGCUGUGAGAUACAGCGACGAUGAUGCAUCCGCUGUCGCAAGUGCGAAGGAAGCUCUGCAAGACAUGAGCCACUGGUUCAAUAAGUACCUGGACUGAAACCUGUAGCGGCAGUUCUCCAUGUAAUAAGCUCCUGAUAUGAACAUUAUGCAACCAUAAUGUAUUUCUAUUUUAUACAGUUGAACUUCUGCUUGCGUAUGCGUGCUAUGUAUUUUAGCAGUCCACUUGAUUGUGGUAUUUAUACUAUGUAAGGAAUAUGGCCUCUUAUAAUGCCACUUUUAUAGUAAUUUUUGUUAUUGAA